AUGCCGGGAAUCGCCUUUCCUACCGUUCGAAACGCCGGAGAUCGCCUUGUUACCGAUAACACUCACCGGAAAUCGCCUGUCUACCGAAAGUCCUCGUCGGAAAUCGCCUCAGACAGAGCUCUCACUUCUCACAAGAUGCAAAGUGAGUGCGCAUCCGGGGUCAUCCCUAUUUAUAGGGGAAGUGGCUGGCAACGGUAUUCCUCGAAAAACCAAACGGCGCAUUAA